UGAAAACAGUAAACAGUACAUAACAAUGGUUGAUUUUAUUUAUGAAUGAUAAAAUGAUUUAUAUUAUGCUUGAAAAAUUUAUACACUUAAUUGAUAUUUUCGGUGAGUAAUAUAACAAUAAUUAAAGUUGCUAUUUUUAAAUGUAUUAUAUAGGUAUACUAUACUCAUGGUUUAAAAAAAUUCGACUUCUGUAUAAUGAUUGGAGAACUACCAUAACUCGAUUUAAUUAACAUUUAAACAAAUAUAUUUUAUUGAGUCCAGAUUGUCAUUGAUCAUGUCGAAACGUAUUGCCAAUGACCGUCCAGAUUAUUCAGACCCUACUGAUGAUAGUGAUGGUAGUGACUUUGAAGAAGUUAAAAAGAAAACUAUUAUGGUAGGAAGUGAUUAUCAAGCUCAAAUCCCUGAUGGAUUAUCAAAGUAUGGUGAUGAUCCACCUUAUCAGAAUGCAGACAAAUUAUUGUGGGAUCCUCAUUCUACAACUGAUGAUGCUAUUGCUGAAUAUCUUCACCACAUUCAUCAAAUUUCUCAAGGUACAAGCAAAUUACCAAAAGGUAAACAUGUACGUGAUGAUGAAAAUGCUCUAUUUUUACUUUUGCAAUGUGGGUUUAAUACAGAAGAAGCAUUACGUAGAGUUACACUUAAUGAUCAAAUGUUUGGUCGUAGAGCAAUGAUGGUUUGGUCUGAAGAAGAGUGUAAAAAUUUUGAAAAUGGAAUAAGAUGCUUUAAUAAAAAUUUUUAUUUGAUUCAACAACAUAGAGUUAUUACAAGAACUGUCGGAGAGUUAGUACAUUUUUAUUAUUUAUGGAAAAAGACUGAAAGGCAUGAUGUAUUUGCCAAUAAAGAACGGUUAGAAAAAAAGAAAUAUGCCUUGCAACCAGGUAUAACAUUUUAUGAAGAUGGUGAAAAUUCUGUUUUGAAUCAAAAAUCAAGCCAAGUUGGUAACUGUCUUAUAUACUGUGAUCCAAAACGAUUACAACGAAUGGAAACAACAAGUGUUCAUGUUUCAGUGACUGAAAACUAAAAAAAUAUCUUUAAAUUAUUAAUUAUGUUAUUAAAACUUACUAUUUUUUUAAUAUCUUCUGAACAAAUUUAAAGUAAAUCAUAUAUUAUUUUAAAUUACAAAUCUAUUCUUAAGUUCAAUAGAUUGAGAAACAAUUUACUAAAGAAAUUAA